CCUCCCAGUCUGCUCUCUGAGCUUGGUGUUUGGACUUAGCUCUGCUAUUCUCAGUGGAGUCAAGAUUACAAAAAGGACAACUUUUAUCUCUAGUUCCUAGUCAGCUCACUGCUUUCUGCUGUUUUUCAGAAAACCAGGAAUUGAAGAUCAUGUCUGGGAAGCCCAUACUUCAUUACUUCAAUGGAAGAGGCAGAAUGGAAUCAGUGCGCUGGCUCUUGGCAGCUGCUGGAGUCGAGUUUGAAGAAAGGAAUUUUGAAACAGCUGAACAACGUGAGAAUUUAAUUAAGAGUGGAAAAUUGAUGUAUCAACAAGUGCCAAUGGUUGAAAUCGAUGGAAUGUACUUGGUACAAACCAGAGCCAUCCUAAGAUAUAUAGCUUCGAAAUACAACUUGUAUGGGAAGGACCUGAAGGAGCAAGCACUUAUUGACAUGUACGUGGAAGGAAUGCGAGAUCUAUAUGACAUAAUUAUGCUCCAACCAUUGUGUUUGCCUCAAGACAGAAAGGAGACUCUCAGAGUCAUUGCUGAGAGAGCCAACCAAAGAUUUCUCCCUGUAUACGAGAAGGCAUUAAAGGAUCCUGGGAAAAAUUACCUUGUUGGCAACCAGCUGAGCUGGGCAGAUAUACUUCUGCUUGAAUUCAUCUUAAUGGUUGAAGAAUGUAAGCCCGGCAUUCUCUCGGCAUUCCCUAAACUACAGAUAAUUCCAUCCAUAGAUACAGCAGUGAGUUCAAAGCUAGAAUCAGCAAGCUCCCCAGGAUUCAGAAAUUCCUUCAGCCUGGCAGUCAAAGAAAGCCACCAAUGGAUGAUCAAGCUGUUGAAGAAGCAACGAAAAUAUUUAACCUUGAAAAAGGCUUGUAUGUUAAGCACAAGGGUGUUAUAUUAGCUGAUUUCUAAAGAGCACAAUUAAUAUUUCAGUUUCUACCUGUAGUAACAUUCACAGAAAUACUAGUAUGUGCCCCUGUAGCAUUUCUAGUCCAUAACUAGCAAAUAUGAUGCUUCCCUCUAGAGUUUGUAUAAAUCAGAAAACCUAAUCUUUAUAAUGCUUAUUAUAAAACUUUAAUUAGAACUUGAUUUUGCUCAGGUUCAUAGAAUCACAGAUUCUUUUUUUUUUCAUUUUAUUCCAAAUUUAACAAACAGCUAAAUUUAGAACCAGAAGAGACCUCAGACAUCAUUGAGUCUAGCCUCUUUAUUUUAUGAGUAUAGAAAUUGGGGACAAGAAAGGUUAAAUAAUUUACCCAACAUCACACAGGUGGUAGGGUCAGGAUUCAAACUUGGGUCUCCUGUUUCCAAAUUCAACACUUUUUCAACUGUUACACUAUUUCUCCUUUGAUUCAUCUAAAGUUUUCUGGAAAGUGGAAAAUUUUGUAAUAAAAUGAAAAUCAUUUGAAAACAAGAUAAAAAGUAAAA